UUAAUCUGCAUUUUCUUUACGGGCUCCACGCUUCGUCUCUCCGUCCCACAGCUCGCGUCCUUCGGGUCACUCCCCCCGCGCCCAUCCUUCAUGAAGCCAGGCUGUUUGCCGCGGCUCAAACGUGGAGGGAAGCACACGGAGAGGGACGCCAGCUGCAGCGCGGGGCUCAUUGUUUCAAAGUGAAUUUUCUACAGCUCCUUGCAUCGUCGUCGUACAUUUGUCUCCGCUUCGGACCAAAAAGAAACAUCUUGACGUGGGUAUUUAGAAGGAAAUCCAAAGAAGUCAGAUCUGUGGUCAGUGACUUGUUGGAUCUAUUAGAAAAGAGACCCCACAUUGGCAUUCACGACAGGGAAUGAAACCGGAUGGGGUUACCAUGGAGACCACGGACCCCACCGAAGCUGCGUCCGUAGCUGAGCCUACCAAUCCACAAGACAACUCCACUGAGCAGAGUCAAGCACCGCCACAGGAAGCCACAGGUGAUGCAGCCCCCAACACUGCUCCCACUGUCAAUGGAAAGACAGCUGCAGCUAAACCCAAACCUACAGUAACGAAAAAAACUGCUCCAACAUCCAAGACUGACUCCACAUCUGGGUCAAGGCUGACUAUGACCUCUCGGCGCCCAGGGAAUGAUGUCAAAUCUACAAACGCCCCAAGGAGUGCCCCUGUCAAAAAGUACCCUGCACCUUCUGCGAGACCACCAGGGGCAGCAGCAGUGCCGAAAAAAACAGGAAGUGCAUCAACAGCGAAAGCUCCCAUCAAGGUGCCAGACAAAACCCCUUCUGGACCUGCCUCUGCUGCCACAGCGAUGUCUAAUGGUACCAAACCAGCAUACAGCACUCAGACGAAAACACUGGCUACAACUAAACCCAAAACUGCAGGUCCUGCCCCUCGACCAAUGGGAUCCACCACCACCAAAACAGGAACUUCCCACAUCAACAAAACCUGAUGCUUCUGCUCCCAUGAAGACAGCCAGACCUGCCACAGUGCCCUUGACGACCCGUACAGCAGUCAAGCCCUCCACUGCUGCUGUCAAAACAAAGCCCCCCUCCACUGUGAGAACUGCUGCAUCCAGAGCUGCCACAGCGCCCCCUUCUGGCAGACCCACAGCAGCACCACCCAACAAAGCUGCUGGACCUGCAAAGAAAGAUGUCAGUCGACCGGCGCCUGCUGCUGUGGCCAAAAAAGCACCACUGGCUGCUGCAAAAAAAGUUGAAGUCUCCAAAUCCGCUACAAAUGUGAAGCCUAGCAUGACUUCAACAACCACAAAGGCUGAUCCAAAACUACCACCAAAGCCUCAGCAAACCAUGAAGCCCAACGCAACAAAGAAACUGCCUGUUGCUGCUGCACGCUUCCCAGCAGUGAGCAGAGUCGGCCAGACCCCACCUGGUUCUCCGGUCGUCAAAUCUCAAUCAGCCCCCAACACCCCUCGAUCCAAACUCGCACACAAACCUACUCAGGCAGUCUCUCCAUUCACUGCCAGCAAGAAGACAGAGCGAAUGGGAGCAGCCAAAGCAGCUGCAGCAGCUUCAGAUAAGCCCCCAGUACCGGGAGUGGCAAGAGCAGCAGGAGCGACAGCAGUAGCAGCGGCAGUAGCAGCAACACAAAUGGAACCUGUUACAAUUUUACCACAGGAGCCAUCCUCUGAAGCUGCCGGGGCAGUGGAGGAAUCUGAUGUGAUCUCUGCACAGUGUACUGCGUUAGAGAGAGAAACUGAAAAUGACACAGCUUCUGCUCAUGAAGAAAGUCCUUUGAGAACAAACUCCUCCUCAAAUUGAGCAACAACAACCCCAUGUUCCUUCUCCAUCUACACACAAGCCUGUCCCAGCUGCAUCCCUUGUCUCUCCAG